UCAAGUUGCUGCACGAAGGGCGAGGGCACCUAUCACAGCCCCUCGCUGCCUCGUUCCUUUCAUGCCUGCACUCAACCUUUGCAUUGUCUCAGUAGCUGCGCAUCGAUACGCCCGUUAAGGGCCGUCGAUUGAGCAAGCGCUUGGUGUAGUACUGCGGCAGACACAUAUUAGACCACAGUGUAUAUGAUCUGCUUUGCAAUCGCUUGCCGACUGUCCAACACGCAGUAAUUCGUUUGAGGAGACGAAGCUCAAGAGCCCCAUGGCCACGCUCAACGCUACGCAGAUACUGUGCCGGCAGAAGACCUUUUGGGUGGCCAAUUACACCACCAGUCAAGCAGACCAAGCACGAACAUGGCUCCCAUGGUGUCUCUACAUCAUCGCCGCGCUAAUGAUAUACGUCGCUUAUGCCAGCAAUACGGCUCUCGAAGCCUCACGUACCGGCGCUCGAGGCCGUCGAUGCUGCAGUCCAACCCUGACCUACACCAUCCUUGCUUUGACCGCAAUGGUCGUAACCGUCGUCGUCAUGGCGACUUUCACCUUGGCCCAGCAGCACCGCUUUUACUGCGAAUGGAAGCCCGUCUGGGCCAAUUACAAGGGCGGCUGGGUGGGUGUCGCCUUCUUCGUGGCUUAUCCCGCAGUCGUCGCCGUCCUGAGCUGCGUUUCAAUGCUUAUCAACUGUUCACUGGCUGGCUGCUCAAGGAGAGCAAAACUCCUCACAGUCCCGUGGGGCAUGUGGGGACUCAUACCAGUUGGCUUAGUGUGUGCCGCCUACGCCGCUGCCACCAUGGCCGUGCUAAUGCUGCUCGUCUUGCCUUGCAUCGGGCCUGCAGCAGUAGCCCGUUGGGCGAAAGGAUGGUGGAAUCGGUGUAAGGAACGGUGGCAGCGAGGCCGAGAGCGACGUUCAGACCGCGCCUUACGUCGCCAGCGACCAGCACGACCACAACGGCCACGUGGGGGGAGGAGAUGGCUGCGGUCUCGCGACCUGGAGGCUGGUAGAAAUGCUGGUGCUCCGGGAGAAGCCCGGGCAGCAGCUCCGGCCGAAGCUGACGUUGAGCUUCAAGAGCGCAACGACGACGAGCUCCCGGGAUAUCACAAUGCCGUGGAAAGGCAAGAAGGCCAAGCCGCGGUCCAGGUGCAAAGACCUGAGAGGGUGCUCAGUGGGCUGUUCCCACAUGUGAAGGACACGGCUGCGCCGCCACCUUAUGCACCUUAGCUACAAUACUGAGGUGAUGCACAAUGAUGAGCCAAUGAUAUUCGACGGGUUGAGUCUUCAGAUCUAGUGUAGCAUAUGCUGUAAGCUUGAGUCCAAUCAAUUCCCACGGAGUUGGUGUUUUUGGGCCAUAAUUGCGUCUGGUCCCUGUGGGGAGCUGUCAUAGAGACCAACUGCCGUUCGAAGCCUUCUGUGUUCCCGUACCAAUGAGUUCGCUCCGUCGCCUUCCUUCCAGCGUGGAGUACAAUAUAGUCGCCUACAUCCAAGCAAAGAUCAACU